UUGGAUAGCGAGCAGCUCGGUAGCAUUUGUGCACGAAUUUACUGGCAAAUUUAGGCAAAAUGCGAAAAUCUAAAUGAAGUCAGACGGGUGAUUCGCAAAACGUACAGGUAUUUUCCACAUCGUAGAACUCGGAUUUAAAACAAAGCCAAAAAAACUGUUCAAAGGAUAUGAGCGGUAUAGUAUCGUACUGAAAAAAUUGGAAUGUUUUACCUUGGAAAUGAGAUAUAAAAUAUAUUUGUUGAUAAAAUGCCUGCUGUUGUAUUGUGUAUUCUCAUCGUUGAAUCUAGUUUCUGGACAGAUUCGUUAUUCGAUUCCUGAAGAGCUGCAACUGGGCGCCUUUGUCGGAAAUAUCGCAGCCGAUUUGGGUUUAGAUAAAAAACAGCUCUCGGCUCGGCGUUUGCAGAUUGCGACUGGGGCCAGGAAACAAUAUGUGGACGUACAAUUAGACGAUGGGGUUUUAUUUGUGAAGGAAAAGAUUGACAGAGAAACGCUUUGCGGGCCUAGCCUGACUUGUGUAUUAUCCUUGGAUGUUAUGCUUGAAAAUCCGCUCAAUCUGUACCAGGUUGAAGUGGAGAUUUUCGAUGUGAAUGACAAUGCUCCCAGUUUCCCAAGGAACCAGCUCCGCCUUGAAAUCUCAGAAAUCGCUGCGCCGGGAGCACGUUUCCCCCUCGACUCGGCGCACGAUCCGGACAUUGGAAACAACUCGCUACAAACGUACCAGCUCCUUCCGAACGAAUAUUUUAUUGUCGAUGUUCAACUGCGUAGCAGGGAAGGAAAGUUACCAGUUUUGGUGCUACAGAGGCCAUUGGAUAGAGAGAAGUUGUCAUCGCACACAUUAACGCUCAUAGCCAAGGACGGCGGAACCCCUGUAAGGUCAGGUACUGUUCAGGUUAUAAUCACAGUAAAAGAUGCAAACGACAAUGCACCUGUUUUCUCCCAGUCGGUUUACAGAGUCAGUCUCUUGGAAACUGCUCCCAUUGGAACCCUAAUAAUCAGAUUAAAUGCCACUGAUUUGGACGAUGGCUCCAAUGGAGAGAUAAUGUACUCGCUCAGUAGUCAUACUUCUGCUGUAGUCCGUAAAUUAUUUGCAGUGGAUUCCAAAACUGGUGAAAUCAGAUUGAAAGGGGAUUUGGACUUUGAACAAAUAAAUGCUUUUGAGAUUAAUGUACAAGCGAUGGACAAGGGUCCUUAUGCAAUGCCCAAGCACUGUGAAGUUUUGGUGAAUAUAAUUGACAUGAAUGAUAACGCACCGGAGGUGACACUGAGGUCUUUGUCCAGUACAGUCUCAGAAGAUGAUCCAGUUGGAACUGUAGUCGCUCUGUUCAGUGCAGCAGAUAAAGAUUCGGGUAGAAAUGGGCAGGUAGAGUGCCAUAUUUCAAAUAAGCUGCCCUUUAAGCUAGAGUCUUCCAUGAAGAACUAUUAUAGACUGAUUAUUCAGCAUCGACUGGAUCGCGAAGACACCUCCAGAUAUGACGUCGCCAUAGCCUGCACAGAUUCAGGAAGCCCACCUCUCACAACCAAGAAAAACAUUCGCGUAGAGGUUUCAGAUAUAAACGACAACGCGCCACGUUUCAGGCAGCGUUUGUACACAGCAAACGUGAUGGAAGAUAAUGUUAUCGGGAGUUCCAUAUUUUCCGUGACAGCCUUUGACCCAGAUGCAGGACAAAAUGCGCGACUAAACUAUUCUAUUCUGGAGACGCAGGUUCAAAAUGCUUCGGUAUCCACCUACAUUUCUAUUAACUCAGAGAGUGGAAUCAUCUAUUCUCAGAAAUCUUUUGACUACGAGCGAUUAAAUAACUUCCAGAUCCAAGUUCAGGCCCAAGACUCUGGAACCCCACCACUCGCCAGCAAUGUCUCAGUGAAUGUUAUUAUUCUUGAUCAGAAUGACAAUGUUCCAGUGAUCGUGCACCCAUUAGCCGAAUACGGGUCAACAGCAGUAGAGACAAUAUCCAAGUUUGCAGAACCAGGCUACUUGGUUACCAAGGUAUCGGCCACUGAUGCUGACUCCGGUCAGAACGCUCGCCUUUCUUAUUCGAUUUUUCAGGCUACCCAGCAUAACCUUUUUACUAUUUCACCGGACUCUGGGGAAAUUUGGACUAUCCGUCGUAUUGUCAAUAACGAUGCCUCUAAGCAAAGGUUGGUGAUUGUGGUGAAAGAUAAUGGAACACCAUCACUUUCUGCCACAGUGACCAUCAUCUUAUCUGUGAUUGGCAAUGAUAUUGAAACGGUUCCUGAUGAGAGCAGUUUAUCGGAUGAUCCUGUUCUCACAGCUGAUCUGAGCUAUACCUUAGUCAUAGCCUUGGGGAUAAUUUCUACCAGUUUUCUAGUGAUUUCAAUCAUCCUUGCUAUUAAGGUUCACAAUGGCAGAAAUGCUUUGGGUGGUCAGCACUGUUCCCCGGGUCCGUGUUGCUGCUUUGAAGCACGUAAUUCCCUUAAUGGAAUUCAAAAGGCCAGUAGAAACCUUCAGAUACCCCCGAACUAUGUUGAGGUAUUCGGGGGUGAUCCGCUUUCUCAGAGUUUCCGAUAUGAGUCAUGUUCAACAUUGCAGUCAACAAAGAGAGACUUCAUAACCCCCAACACAGUCAGGUCAUCUACAGACAAGAAUUAUAUCUGGAAUAAAUCUAACGCGAAUGAAAACCCAGGGUUGAUGAAUUCUGAAAAUUACCCUAACCCUGUAACAACUGAGGUGAGCCGCUUCGAAAAGGAGAAGAAAAUCCUCACAGAGAAUCAACAUCAGAUAUCAGUGAAAGGACAACCAUGCAUGAACAUGUGCAAAGAAACUUGAUCUUUCUGGAGAGACUGUACCUUCCAACGCCAGUCACUCCUUCACACGCCAUCACACUCAACAUACUUUAUGAACAUGCUACCUGUAGUAUGUAGCCCUUGGCAGCCAAAAUAGUAAUGAUCAUUCCAACCAAUUAUUCUAAUUGAAAUUGAAGCUCAUGCACAACAGCAAAAAGAGCAUAGUGCUCAUGCAUGUGCCACUCUUUUUCGCCUGGAUUUGAAUUUUAAUCCACAAGUGUGAAUCUAUGGAUUCUUGGCACAAAUCAAAUUAAAGUAGGCAAUUAGAACAGAAUGCUGUAUGUUUGACUGAAUCAUCACGACAUGGCACAAUAACAUACUUAUUGAAAAGUAUCAAUACUUUCUUAACUUCUGUAAAUGCAGCGCCUAGGUACAGAGUGACAAGUAAUACAGCCUCAGGGUUCGGAAAG